AAGUGGUCUAAAGCUUCAGAGUGAACUCCCAAAAAGUACUUAAAACACUUGUGUUUUGGAUAUUGCUCUCUCUCUCUCCUGAGAAUUCGGAAAACUCAGCACAAUCCCCGAGCUGGCGUUAUGGUCCAUUGUCAGUAUAUUGCGUUUGUGGUUGUAACUUGACUCACAUGGCAGUGAUGAAUGGGUUUUAGACGCAAGAAUGGAAGAGGGUUCAGGUUCUGGUGCGCAAGACUCACUCUAUGGCUUGAACUUUGGCAGGAAAAUCUACUUUGAGGAUGUGGGCAGUGGAGUUCAGGCUAAAAUCGGUGAUGGGCCGUCGCCGGUGGUAUCUUCCGGACUUCCACCACCGGUGCCGGCGAAGAAGGGAAAGGGUGGUGGGGCACAGGGUAGCCAGCCACCCAGGUGUCAAGUGGAAGGGUGUAAGGUAGAUCUGAGUGAUUCUAAGGCUUACUACUCAAGGCACAAAGUCUGUGGUAUGCACUCAAAGUCUCGAAAAGUCAUUGUUGCAGGGCUUGAGCAAAGGUUUUGCCAGCAAUGCAGCAGGUUUCAUCAAUUGUCUGAAUUUGACCAAGGAAAACGAAGCUGCCGGAGAAGACUUGCUGGACACAACGAGCGUCGAAGGAAGCCUCCACCUGGAUCUCUACCAUCCACUCGCCAUGGAAACUUUUCUUCAUCCAUUUUUGAAGCCCAUGGCAGAAAUGGAGGUUUUGUGAUGGACUUCUCUUCAUAUCCAAGUGCGGCUGGGAGGAAUUCAUGGCCAAAUAUGUCGUCAUCCGAAGGAGGAUUGGGGAAUCAAGUUCCUGUCGCCGAAAAGUUUAUUCCAUCACCAUGGCAUAGAAACUCAGAGAAUCCUCCACCACCCAAUCUUCUGCAAGGUUCAACUACUAGUGCCAGCUAUUUGGGUCCGAGAUUAUCUUCUGGAAGUUUCAGUGGAGUCUCGGACUCUGGCAGUGCUCUCUCUCUUCUGUCAAGUCAGACCUGGGGCUCAAGAAACAUACCCUCUUGUCCCGGGCUGAACACUUUAUAUGGUCCGAAUGGGACGUCCAUGGUUCAGCCACCAGUUGCACAUGAUGCAUCUGUUGGCGACUUUAUGAGCCUUCCAUGGGGUUUCAAGGACAACCAAGCUAGUAUCGGUUCCCACGAGAUGCCACCUGAUCUUGGUUUAGGUCAGAUUUCACAUCCGGCCAACAGUCAAUAUUCCAAUGAGCUCGAGUUGGCUCAACAAGGUGGCGGACAGUACCAUGAACUUGAGCUCUCGACUGGUUAUGCUUCUCCUGUCGAGGAUUUGCACUGGUCUCCUUGAGUGUCUUUUUACUUAUCUAAAGCCCAAAGCUAAGGUCCUUGGAACCUUGUCUGUUCUAAUAAUUAAAACCUAUGUUUCUUAAGUUCUCGUCAGCUAGUAGCAUUUGUGAGAUGUUUUACUCUGCACUCUUCUGUUAGAGAGGCAUAAGAAGACUCUGUGCUCGCCUAUGGUUAAUGUCAUUGGAUGACAGACAUCAGCUUUUGUCCUACUCUGUGUUUUGAAAUCAUUUCCUGUGGAAGUAGCUGAAUUGCCCAUUUAU